CGGUUCCGAGUCUUAUUCGCACAUUCAUACUUAGCUAUAGUAAAGGUACAUGAAGUUCGGGCCAAUUCUCACCGCGUCUUAUCUUGAACGUCUUGAGCCCUAAGGGAUUUCAAGGUUUCUGCCAUGGACGAGAAGUCCUUCCACGUCGACCAUAAGUCAGCGCAACCCAUUCCAGUCCCUAUCACACAUCGACCAGCUAUCACCUCUCCCAAAAAAAAGUGGGGGCGCCGUCUUGCUCUGUUAUUCGCUUUCCUGUGUACAGUCCAUUUUCUGAGCGACGUUAAGCGCCCUCGCCGCAAUGGACGCGAGGGACAAGAUCACGGGAUACUGAGUGCGUUGACGCACCACGCUCCAGAGAAAGGUAGCGUUCUGAGAGGCAAGAAAGCGGAGGAACUGUUCUUGUCUGUACCAGAUACAGACAGUGCCAUCGCUGCGUCCCGAGUCUAUGCGGGUAAGCCCCAUAUGGCCGGGACCGCAGGUGAUUUUGACACUGCAAAAUAUUUCCUGGCACACCUACAGGAAGAGCUCCAAAUUGAUGGCUCGUCUUCCGACAUCCCACUGUACUCAGCUGGCUCCCGUGAAUCUCGCGAGGCAACGUUAACGAUUCCAUCCCUCGACGAACCAAAGGCUUGGGUUGACGUUUAUUACCCUAUUCUGAACAGCCCUUUGAAUCGUAGCCUGGAGAUUCUCGGAGACGACGGGAACCCCGUUUGGUCUGCUGAGCUCGAAGAGAUCGCCGAUGAAACUGAUCCUUACGCCUUCAAGUCCGCGAACGCCGUCCCGGCAUGGCAUGGCAUCAGCAAAGGGGGACAGGCUGAAGGGAAGCUAAUUUAUGCACACUAUGGAAGGCAACGGGAUUUCGACGCGCUCGUAGAAGCUGGUGUUGAUUUCAGUGGAAAGAUUGUCCUCACUCGCUACGGCAACGUUUUCAGGGGUCUAAAGGUCAAACGCGCUCAGGAGCUUGGUGCUGCCGCCGUUCUCGUUUAUUCAGACCCUCGUGACGAUGGCACAGUAACAGUUAAAAAUGGCUAUGUACCCUACCCACACGGGCCUGCACGCAACCCAACUUCUGUGCAACGCGGUUCCGUGCAAUUCUUGUCACUGUAUCCUGGUGAUCCCUCGACCCCUGGGUACCCCUCGUAUGAAAAUAGCACGAGAGUUGAGGGAGGAAGCAAACCGACCAUCCCAAGUUUGCCAAUUUCUUGGGCUAAUGGUGAAGUCCUUCUAAAACUCCUGGAGAAUGGCAAUGAAGGCCCUACUGUUCGUCUUGUGAAUAAUGUGGACGAAAAGGUUACCCCUAUCUGGAACGUGAUGGGCGUUAUUCCUGGCCACAUCAAGAGCGAAGUAGUUGUGAUAGGUGCCCACCGAGAUUCUUGGGUAACAGGAGCGAGUGAUCCAAUCUCAGGCACUGUGUCUCUUUCGGAGGUAAUCCGCGGUUUUGGGGUUCUAUCAAGGAAUGGAUGGAAGCCCUUGAGGACAAUUCUCAUUACGAGCUGGGACGGUGAAGAAUUUGGAUUGAUUGGCAGCACAGAAUGGGGCGAGGAUUUCUCGGAGUGGAUCAAGGACCAUGUCGUGGCUUACGUUAACAUGGAUACUUCUGCAUCAGGGUCCCGUCUCAAAACCGCAGGAUCUCCCUUACUUGCGCAUCUCCUCCGCGAAACAGCGGAACAGAUUCCCCACCCUACCUCUGGGGAACGCAGCCUUUGGGACGCUCGUGGAGACUCUGGAACCCUUUUCGGCGAGCAUAUGAAUGCGGAAAUUGCUGCGAUGGACAAGGAUGACCUUUUGGCAGUUGAUAGUAUCGGAGUGAGUCCCUUGGGAUCAGGGAGUGAUUAUACUGUCUUCUUGCAAUACCACGGUGUGCCGAGUACCGACGGUGGAUUUACCUCGACACUACACGAUCCCGUGUAUCACUAUCACUCGAUUUUUGACUCUCAGUACUGGCAGGAGCUGUACGGUGAUCCUGGUUUUUCUCGUCAUGUUGCUAUUGCCAAACAUACUGGCCUGCAAGUGCUUCGUCUGUCUGGCGACAUUAUUUUACCGUUCAACACUACCCAUUACUCCAUUGAGUUGGAAUCAUACCUCGACAAGGUUGUUUCUAUUGCAGCUGCUGGCUCCUAUGACCUCGACCUGUCUCCUCUCCGAGGAUCCAUUCACGCUUUACAGAGUGCCAGCCUGGACCUGGACUCUGCGAAGACCAAGGCAGAGCGCGAACUUCGUAAGAUUCUCAAGCAAUUGAAAAAGAAGCAUGGUAUCUGCCACAAGAUCCGUCGCAAGGUUCGCAAGGCUAGCUGCAAACUCAAGAAGAUAUUUGGAAAGCGCAAGUGCGAAUCGAAAGACAAGCACGAAGACACGGAAAGGGAACGUCCACACAGACAACCCAGUCGUCACCUUCUCGAAGCUAUUGAACGCGUGCAAGCUGUGAACAAGAUAUUGAUCGCCUUUGAACGUAGUUUCAUAUCGAAAGACGGCAUCAAGGAUCGUGAGUGGUACAAGCACUUGGGUGUAGCUCCCGGUAAAUGGUCAGGGUAUGGUGCUACCACUUUCCCAGGGCUUACUGAGGCACUUACCAUGGACAAAAAUGCAACCGCUGCUGCCUAUGAAGCGGGGAGAUUGAAAGCGCUGAUCGAUGAUCUGGUUGAAACGUUUCGCCUUUGAUUUUCGAUCAUCAUUAGAAAUCCCGUGUGUAUUAUGACUACCUAGCCUUAGGCCUUCGUGAUCUCCCUCGAUCUUCGAGUUCUCUAGAGUAUAUUCACAACUAUUUGAACUUGAAAUAUGAAAAUCUGAGGUUGUGGGAGAUGUUUGCU